UACAACUCAAUUACACUUCUCUAGCAGGCAAGAGAGACGAUGGUCACAGAGAUGGAAAGGGGAAAGGAGAGGACAGAGUGAGAGCCGUGCCUCUGCGAAGCUGAUGCUCCCCUAGGAUUUGGGCCCUUGGUUCUCCCAGGUGGCGAGAGACCGUCCCCAAGUUUCUUAGCACCACUGUGAUCUCAGGCCUGAAGGCAGCUAUUUGGGGGAAAGGACUGAACUUGUAUGUGCUGCUUUGCCCUCCCUACUCCAGCCAGAUGUCACUAGGGCAGCCUUGCCAUCCCUGAAAGAUCAACAACGCCUAUCUGGGCAGUCACCUUCUCCCAUAUAGCCACUGAUACACCCAUCCUCCACUGGACCCUAUACCACUCAGAGGCUUCCUCUAUCAAGCCAUUGCUCCCAUCCUGAGGUAGGAUUCAUUGACUGGCUCAAUUCCCUUCAGCCGUUUUGGGCUUUAAAAGGGGUGCAUAGGGGAGAGUGCUCCCUGGUUAGCCUGAUAGCUACUUGAGAUCUGUAAACUGCAAAAGGGCAGAAGUUGGGAAAACCCAAAGUGAAGGCUUCCCUCAGCCCAUGCCCAGGCUCCAGAAGGGCUGGGGUUUGGUCCUCUCUCCAAAGUCCUUGUGAUGGAGUUUGUUAUGGUUGGCCUGGAAAUGCAGCUGUGGACCCACUUGGAGAAAGAAAAGAGUGGCCUUUCAGUGUCUCUCUUGCCCAGACUCCGACACCUCCGCGUCCCCAAGGGCUUGACCGCCUGCGUCCGCGCCGCGCCCGGGGCAGAGGCUCAGGACAGGAGAGGGGAGGGGGCGCCACGGCCGACCAGGCCCUCCAGCCACGAACCCCUCCCGACAUGUCGCGCUCCUUCUAUGUCGACUCGCUCAUCAUCAAGGACUCCUCACGGCCCGCGCCCUCGCUUCCUGAGCCGCACCCCGGGCCAGAUUUUUUCAUCCCGCUGGGCAUGCCAUCCCCGUUGGUGAUGUCCGUGUCUGGGCCCGGCUGCCAGUCCCGCAAGAGCGGCGCGUUCUGCGUUUGCCCGCUCUGCGUCACUUCGCACCUGCACUCCUCUCGGGGACCCGCGGGCUCCGGAGGCGGGGGCGCAGGGACCGGGAGUGCAGGGACCGGGGGUGGCGGGGCGGCGGGAGCCGCUGGGGCCCUGCCCCUGCUCAAGAGUCAGUUUUCUUCGAGUCCUGGGGACGCACAGUUUUGCCCGCGCGUGAGCCACGCGCACCAUCACCACCAUCCGCCGCAGCACCACCAUCACCACCACCAGCCCCAGCAGCCCGGCUCGGCUGCCGCCGCGGCGGCAGCGGCGGCGGCGGCGGCGGCAGCGGCGGCCUUGGGGCACCCGCAGCACCACGCACCUGUCUGUACCGCCACUACCUACAACGUGGCGGACCCGCGGAGAUUCCACUGCCUCACUAUGGGGGGCUCGGACGCCAACCAGGUACCCAAUGGCAAGAGGAUGAGGACCGCAUUCACUAGCACGCAGCUCCUGGAGCUCGAGCGGGAAUUCUCUUCCAACAUGUACCUGUCUAGACUCCGGAGGAUCGAAAUCGCCACGUACCUGAACCUGUCGGAGAAGCAGGUGAAAAUCUGGUUUCAGAACCGCCGGGUGAAGCAUAAGAAGGAAGGGAAGGGCACGCAGAGGAACAGUCACGCGGGCUGCAAGUGCGUCGGCAGCCAGGCGCACUACGCGCGCUCGGAGGAUGAGGACUCCUUGUCGCCGGCCUCGGCCAACGAUGACAAGGAGAUUUCCCCGUUAUAAGGGAGGGCGCUUUCGCCACACGCCCGCAGCAGCCCUCACAAUGCCUACAAGGCAGGCACCCAGGAGCCCAAAUCCUCGCCCUUCCGCUGGUCUCACCUGGGGAAGGUGGAGCCAAGCGUUCCCCGGGGGUGUAAGUGCCGGGACUGACCCUUCACGUUUUCUCCUUCGCCUGUUUGUUUGGGGCUCCACUCGCAGUUAUAGGUCUUUUUUAAAAAAAAUGUAAAUAAUCUAGAUUCAACUCAGUCUUAUGUAACAGAAAAAACCCGGACUGGUUUAAGUUUAAAACUAUAUGUGGGUUUUUGAAAACGCAUAUUAUUUUCCUUUCCCUGUCUUUCAGAACGUGGUGAGAACACGAGGUUUCGUGAUAAUUUUUUGUUUUUGUUGUUUUCAUGAAAGUAUUGAACUGCAAAUAACGUAGAAAAUUAAACCCUGUAGGUCUUGCUUCCUGAAAACUUGCUUGGGGAGAGUUUAAAAUCCAAGUUGCUGGAAGUCUCCUUGUGAAUAGUUUUAUAUAAAAUUUAUAUUUAUAUUUAUUUAAAUAAAUGGCACAAAAUCAA